GGGAGCACACGGCUGUCUGGGCUCUGCUUUUCAGACAGUUGGGAGCAAUUUUUCAAGCGUUUCGCACCUGUUUAUACAGAACUCACGGAGGAAUCCACAUCCUCACUGUCAUCUGCGAUUAUAUGUGAGACAUCAACAUUCUUCUGUGGCUCGACCAUCCCAGCACAGAGGAACCAAUAUGGAUCUUUAUGGCUACCUCCGCCGACUGCUGGUCCUGUCUGGAGCCACAGACCAGGGGAAUGAGGCUACGGCAGCCACUGGGUUUUGCAGCCCUUCCCUAUCUGGGCCUGCUGCUUCAGACACAGCAGUACAAGAGACUGCAGUGUCAGCCAGAGAUGGCACAGAGUCUUCUGGUCCAGGAGUCAAUAUGGGGCUUUUGGACCGUCUAUACCGAAGACUUACUCACACUAUUGGAUGGACACCUUUCCAAACAGACAGGACAAAUCUGGACUCCAGCCAGCCAGGCCCCACUGACUCUUCUGUCCCAGACACAGAGGAGCAGAAGGUGGCCCAAAAACAAGACCCGGCGCCACAAACCCUGGCUGCAGGAGCGGGCAGCCACUCCAGCACUUUCUGUGCUGAGCCCCGUGAUCCAGGCACCAAGCGAAAGGCCUAUUUGUCACCCAGGGGACAGCUCGCCCCAAUCAGCAAGGAGGAGGAGGAGGAGGACAGGCCAAGGAAGACCAGAGGCCUUGCUUGCGUGAGGGACAUGGAUGAGGCUGCCCUGAGGAAGGACAUUGGCACCCUCUUCCCAGCACUCCACUCCAUGGUGUGUCAUCUCCCCAGAGAACACCUGGAGGAACGGAGAGAGGCCCUGGACUCUCUGGUCCAUCUGGCUCGCUUGUUCCUGGUGGAGCUGCUUGUAUUCCUGUUCAGAAGGCUGAACAAGGAUGAGGAAGAGGAGACCUGUGCCAGUCUCUGCAUUCUGGACCAGAUAGUCCGAUCCAACAUUUCCGAGAUGACACAGCACACAGAGCAGCUGUUCUUAGCCCUGGGGCCAGUCCUGCAGAGCACAAGCAUACGGGUCAGAGAAGCCCUUGCUUAUUUGAUACGCACAAUGGGGAUGCAUGGGCUCUUGGAGAAACCUGAUUCAAGACCCUUAAUUGACUUCUUGGUGUGUCAGUGCACCCUACCCCUCGACAGCACGGAGGCAGCAGACGGGAGGCACACCAUGGAGCUCGAGGUCCGCCAGCUCUGCUCCAGCACCCUGCAGUCCCUGGGUGAUUCCCCCAGAAUGGCCAAUGUUUUAUGGCCUGGGCUGCUCCUUCAGCUGAGCCCAGCAGCCCAUGGGCCAGCCCUGCCUCUCCUCCUGCAGACCUCGGUCGGGGUGGUAAAGAGGCUGCAGGAGGAAGGCAGGCUGCCCUUGGCCAGGAGGAGCGGCAAGGCGAACAGAGGGUGUCGGUCAAGCCCCAGGACCACUCUACCCCAGGAGCUGCUGGCUCGGCUGCUGGUGCUCGGUGCGUCUUCAUGCAUGACGGUGCAGGUCAGAAGGGCAGCUAUGUUCCUCCUCUUCCAGCUGAUGAGCAUGUUCCAGGCCGGCUCGGGCCGAUUCUGGAAUAACUACACGACGGAAAUGCUCCUCUACGUGGAAGAUGACAAGACCUGCUUCUGCCAGAGGGAGUGGGAGCAGCAGCUGCUGCAGUUCCUGGAAGACCUUCUCUUCCUCAUCUCGGACCAUACCUGGCUGGGCUGUUUCAUCACCAGUAUCAGGCGCCAGCUGGCCCACAGCGAUAAGCGGCCCAGUGACAAGAGCUUUCUCUACAAGUGCUGGGGCACCGGGCUGAUGUUAUCUCCAGAAGAGAGCAUCAAGCCCCAGCUAUGGCGCCUGAUGGAGCUGGUCAAUUUCAGAGAAGAAGAGGAAAGGGAGGGAUUCGCCCGAGCGCUUGGGCUGUGUGCCAGGAAACACCUCUAUGAGAUUUUUGCCAUCCUGGAGCACUGGGAAGAGGUUGUCAGCAGGGUGCAGCUCCAGCCUUCUGCUGCUGGCUCUCUGGAGGAGCCAGCUUCCAUCGAGCAGCUGAGAAGCCUCCUGCUCCUCACCUAUGGGCACGUGGUCCACUCAGUCCCCACAGACCUCAUCCUAGAGACCAUAGGAUACAAGAUCCUGUCUCCCAUGCAGAAACACUAUUUUCUGAGCCCACACGACCCGUUGGUGAGAUCUGCAUUUGUGAGAAGCCUCGUGCUGGUGGGUGAAGCUGUCACCCAAGUGAGCAGGAUUCCCUUGGUGAGCCAGGACACAUACACCGUGCUGUCCCCCGUGCUGGAGAUUCUCAGAGGCAAGGACCGGGCCCGGCUGCAGAGCCCCGACCACAAGUGUGCCCUGCUGGCCAUCUCAUACAUAGGGAAAUUCCAGCCUCGCCUGUCUAAGGAGCAGGUGACUGAGACCAUCAGCACUUGUGUCACCAGCGCCAUGAUUCAGCGUCCAACCCUGGCGAAGCUGAGAGGGACUGAGGUGGCAGAAAGCUCUGCUAUCCGGGCAGAGUCUCUCCAAGAACUGCCCUGGGAGGGCCUGGACCAUGUGCUGCAGACAUUCCUGGAACAGCACCUGACCCCCACCACGCUACUGCAUCUGUUUCUGCACUUGCAGCCAUGGAUCUGCUCCCCCCGGGCCCAGGAGAGGACCCGAGCUGUGAGAGCCAGCGCCCGGCUCUUCAUGUUUUAUCGAUUCAAGGCCAUCACCGAGGACCUGAAACCCAUGGCGGAGCAGGGCUACAUGGCCGGGCUGCUGACAAGCCAGGCCUUCGAUACUGAGGAGACCACCCGAUACUGGACAUCUCAGGCUCUCUACUGGCUCUUCACGCCUUGCACAGCCGUCGUGUACAGCAAGACAGGGGCGGUGGUGACCGUGCUGAGCAAGGCGCAGAAGGAUGCCAGCUGCAGAGAGAGCCCUGCCCAUGUUGCUAUGCUCAUCGCGGAACACCUGCAGUCCCGUGACCUCAUGCCCUUCAGCUUCACCCUGCUGGUGGGCCUGCUGGAGAAGGGGGAGUGUGCUGAGCAGCUGGUGGGCGUCAUGGAGGCGGUGCUGAGACAGCAAAAAUCAGAGCUACAGGGCCAAGUGCAGGAUCUCCAAGCCGCUCUUUCCUACACACUGAGCCCACCCCGGGGAGGGCGGCUGAGUGAUGGGACAAGAGACAUCCUCCACCUACUGGCCAGGCAACACACCAAGACCGCGGUCAGCAUCCUCCUGAAGAUGCCCUGGCCUUACAAACACCACAUCAAGGCCAUCUGGAGGUUCCUGGGUGCAGACCCCAUGCUGACCAGGGAGGUACUCCACAUCCUGCUGGACGACAGCCCGGAGAAGGGCUGGGCUAACCCUGGACAGACCCAGGACAGGAGCUGCCCCCAGCCAGACCGGCUGCCCCCGGCGACCACAUACGGCCUGUGGGAGCUGAUUGGGGCCUUGGGGCAAGGGGACACCCUGGAGGGACGCGAGGACGACCUGUUCGCCUCUUGCUUCCUCGCCAUCGCCAGCCCCCCAGCACAACACCUCUUAGGAGUCCAGCAGGACCGGCCCAGUGACACCAGUCCACGCAGCAUGGCCGUGCAGGCCCUGGCGCGGGUGCUGCGCCUCAGGGGCAGUCAGCCAGCUGUGGAACUAAUGGACCAGGAGCAAGGCUGGCAGCUGCUGGAGGAGGCCCAGCCCGAGGGGUUCACUCUCCUUAGCAGAGCCAUAGUGAGCCACCCAAACCUGGUCCUGAAGAGCAUCCCACAGCUUCUCCUUCCCAGCCUGCAGGCCAGCCAGGAGGGUGAACGCAUGGCCUGCACCGCCCUGUUUGCAGAGUUCCUCGGCAGCCCCCUGCUGAUGGAGAAUGAGCCCAAGGCCAUGCGGAAGCAGGUGCUGAAGGCCAUGCUGCAGCAGUCGCAGGACAGCAACAUCCACAUUCGUGGCAGAGCCCUGCAUGGCCUCAGGAACGCAGUGACCGCGUUCCCGGACAAGGUCAGGAAGAAGAGAGACCAGAUUCUGGCGAGCUUUGUCCACGGCGUAUGCCAAUCCUGCGACCCCUGCGCCAUUCUGGACGCGACGGAAGGGCUCUGCUGGAUGCUGCGGGACCCCAAGGCGCCUCUGAAGGCGCAUGUUGCCGUUCCGCUGGCCAUGCAGGCGAGAACAUUCUUUGAGGAUGAGAACAGCAGCCUGAGGUGGGCCUCCAUAGAGCUCUUUGGCCAGCUCACCAAAUUUGUUUCCAAGAGGUCAUCCCGCUUUGGGGCUGAGGUGGAGAAGAGCAUGGGGACGCUGCUCAUCCACCUACAAGACGGGGACCACCAGGUGGCCCAGGCGUGCAGGGUGGCAUUGCUGCACUGCGCACCCUUCCUGAGCUACCAGCCCCUGCGCACGCUCGUGCGGAGCCAGCUGGCCGAGGGAGCGGCCCCCGCCAUCCCCACCUUCCUGAGCGAAGCCUGCAGGACCCUGCUCCAGGACUGCCCAGGGAGGCUGAGCAAGAAGGCUGCCCUGAGAGCAGCAGCUGCCCAACAGCUGAUCGGAUACAUGAUGGAGAAUUGAAGCCAGAGAAGAGCAGCAGGCUUGGACCACCCGCCCUGCUACAGAAGAUUGGAGACAUUUUCUCCCCCAGCAGUUAAACUGCUUUUCUGACUAGACAGUUUCACCUUCCCUUCUCCUUGUCACAGACCACAUGACUGUUCACAGACAAACACUGGGAGAUUGGGAUGGCUUUUCUAACAGGGAAAUGACCACUUCCCAGAGACAAACCAUACCCGUUGAGCUGAACUGAGGAAACUACAAUGCAUUGGUGACCUUCCAGAAAACACCAUCCUAGCCACCAUGGAUGUAGAGGCUCUCUACACAAACA